CGUAGUUGAACUCUUGUACAGCUGCGCAUAAUUUGAAUAGGUUUUUCUGGUUAUGACGUUCUUACUGUGUCAUUAGUCUUUCUGUUUAGUGUUUGUUUGGCAUCUAUAUGCAAGGAAGCAGAUCCAAAUCAUGCAGAUAAAUUUUGUACCUACCUGGUGCUUGGCCUCAACCACAGUUCACACAGUACUCAGGAUAUCUGAAUGGUGCUAGUAGUAACAUCCAGAUUCACUACUGGCUUGUCGAAGCCGUUUCAUCACCAGAGUCAUCGCCGCUAAUUUUGUGGCUAAACGGUGGUCCUGGAUGCUCAUCCAUGGAAGGUUUGCUUUCUGAAAAUGGUCCAUACACUCUCACAGAAGGACCUCGACUCGUGGAGAAUCCUUAUUCCUGGAAUAAAAUUGGAAACGUUCUCUAUCUGGAGUCUCCGGCAGGCGUGGGAUUCUCCUAUUCUGUUGACGGGAAUGUUACCACUGAUGAUAACCAGACUGCACUGAAUAAUUAUCAUGCAUUACUGCAUUUCUUGGAAAAAUUUCCAGAAUAUGAAGGUCGACAAUUAUUUGUUACUGGAGAAAGUUAUGGCGGUGUUUAUGUGCCUACAUUAGCACUACUUCUUUUGAAUUCAUCAAAAUUUAAACUUGCGGGUAUUGCUGUUGGUAAUGGAUUGACAAAUUACAGAUUAAAUGAUAACUCUCUCCUAUAUUUUAUCAAGUAUCAUGGUCUAAUUGGUGAAAGUUCAUGGAAUGAUCUACUCAGUAAAUGUUGUGAAAAUAAAUGUUCAACUUCUUGUAUUUUCACGGAUAACAAAUCUCAAGAAUGUCAACAUAUUAUCAGUCAGUUGUCUGAAGAACCUUUGAAAGGACUAAACAUAUAUAACUUGUAUUCUGAAUGUGCUGGUGGUGUGAAUAAUUCUCUUAAAUAUCGUAUGCCAAUGUCAAUCGGAGAGAUAUCAUCCACCCUACAAACAUCUAACCAGUAUGUUCAUCAUGAUUUCGGGAAUAUGUUUCGUGAUAAUAUUUAUAUGAAGUAUCGACGUUAUGUGAAUACUAUGCUACGUCGUAAUCUGACCACACGUUUAGCUAUCCCAUGUGUAGAUGAUACAAUGAUUCGUAGCUACUUAAAUUCACCUGUUGUACGUCGACUCAUAAAUGUAAAGUUGGACUGGCCAAGAGAAUGGGAUAUCUGCAGUGAAGAAGUCAAUUUCAAUUAUGUUCGAAUCUACGAUGAUCUCUCUGAACAAUAUAAAAAACUUCUUCAAUCCAAGAUAUUUAUUUUAAUAUAUAAUGGUGAUAUUGAUAUGGCGUGUAAUUACUUUGGUGAUGAAUGGUUUGUGGAUAAUUUAAAGCUUAAACUAAUAUCAUCGCGUAGAGUUUGGUUAUAUACAGAGAAAGAUGGUACAAAACAGAUUGGAGGAUUUUGGAAAGCCUUUGAAGGUCAUGAAUCAUCUCUGAUGUAUACUACAGUUCGUGGUGCAGGUCAUAUGGUACCUCAAGAUAAACCUGCUGCUGCAUUCUACAUGAUCAAUCGAUUUAUUCAUUUUAUGAAUCUUUAAGCCUUUUGAAGUAGAAAAAGAUAAAAUUAUGUAAUUUUAAUGCUUUUUACUAUCAUGAUUUUAUCUCUUAUUGGUUUAUCAAUUAUAGUAAAUAUUUCUCACUUUGUCAUCGUCUAUAUAGUUUUCCAAUAAUGAAAAUAAGAACAUUUUACCUGAAAAGUUUAUAGAAUUUGGCAUAUGGUAUAAAAUGAAACAUCUUAUAUUGAUUAUUAUUCCUGCUGGAUCCAAUAAUUUGUGAUACAAGGCGAGGGGGGUGGGGAACCUUCAAUGAUAAUAUUUUCCACUUAAGAUAUGACUUUUAUAUUAUCCUAGACACUUUGUUUUGUGUUUCUAAUAAGUAUAAGAAAUCUUAUUUGCCGUUUUGAUUGUUCUGUAGAGUUAGUAAAAGUUGAUCACAGUUUUCGUUUCUUUAAUUCUUUCAUAAUCAAUUUUACAAGUAAAGCUAUACAUGAACAA